AUGUUGGCCAUAGCGAACUUUCUCGCCCGUCUGCUGUACAGCAAGCCACUGGCAGCAGUACCACCACCACUACCACAACAGCAGCAACGGAAAUAUCAACAGCGCAAGCAGCAGCAGGAACCACAACAACAGCAGCAGCGGCAAAGACAAAUGCAGCAGCAAGUACAGCAACAGGAACAACAGCAGCAGCAGCAAAACGAGCAACAGCCACCGAGACAACGGCAGAGCAGAUCUCAGCAGCGAAAUCAACAGCGACAACAAGGACACCAGCCACAGCAAAAACUACAAAACCAGCAAAGGGAAAAGCGACAACAACAGCAUCAACAUCAGCAGCAGCAGCAGCAGCAGCAGCAGCAGCAGUCGCAGCAGCAGCAUCAACAUCAGCAGCAGCAGCAGCAGCAGCAGCAGCAGCAGCAGCAGCAGCAGCAGCAGCAGCAGCAGCAGCAGCAGCAGCAGCAGCAGCAGCAGCAGCAGCAGCAGCAGCAGCAGCAGCAGCAGCAGCAGCAGCAGCAGCAGCAGCAGCCAUUGAAACAACGACGAACCCAAUAUCAGCGGCAAAUACAAAUGCAGCAGCAACUUUUAAAAUCGCGAAUAAAAAUGCAGUGA